CUCUAAAAAAAGGCAUUUCAGUCAAGUCAUACUUACCCAUGGAGACAUGCCAACUUUCAUUCAGCCCACAUUUCUUACUCCACAUCAAAAAACUGUUUGUGAACAGAAACCCUGUGAAUGUAAGACAUGCAGUAGGACCUUUAAUCAGGACUCAAAGCUUAUUCAAUAUCGGAGAAUUCAUUCUGCUGAAAAACCCUAUGAGUGUAAGGAGUGUGGGAAAUCUUUUAGUCAUGGCUCACUGGUUACUCGACAUCAGAGGGUCCACACUGGUGAAAAACCAUAUGAAUGUAAAGAAUGCGGCAAAGCUUUCAGUUGUAGUUCAUAUUUUUCUCAACAUCAGAGGAUUCACACUGGUGAAAAACCUUAUGAGCAUAAGGAAUGUGGAAAGGCCUUUAAUUAUUGCUCAAAUCGUAAUGAUCAUCUGAGAAUUCACACUGGUGAGAAACCCUAUGAAUGUAAAGUAUGUGGAAAAGCCUUUACUAAAAGUUCUCAACUGUUUCCCCAUCUGAGAAUUCAUACAGGUGAGAAACCUUCUGAAUGUAAGGAGUGUGGGAAAGCCUUCACUCAACACUCCAGGCUUAUUCAGCGACGGAGAAUGCACACUGGUGAGAAACCUUACGAAUGUCAAGAAUGUGGGAAGGCCUUCAGUAGUGCCUCAACACUUACUAACCACCACAGAAUUCACGCUGGUGAAAACUCUGAGUGUAAAGAGUGUGGCAAGGCCUUUAGUCAGAGCUCAGAACUUCUCCAACAUCAGAGAAUCCAUACAGAUGAAAAACCCUACGAAUGCAAUGAAUGUGGGAAGGCCUUUAACAGAGGCUCAAAUCUGACUAGACACCAGAGAGUUCACACUGGCCAAAAACCCUAUGACGAUUGUCAUGAUCCCCUGAGAGAAACCUCACAUGGACCCCAUUCAUUGCCUGCCAUACCUGAAUUGCCCCAUGAGCACAAAGGAUGGAAUAUGGAUAUUUUAAAUCAAUGUAUAGGCAGAGUGGACAGUGAGAGAAAGAGACAGAGAGAAAGGUCUUCCUUUGCCGUUGGUUCACCCUCCAAUGGCCGCUGCGGCCGGCGCACCGCGCUGAUCCGAUGGCAGGAGGCAGGUGCUUCUCCUGGUUUCCCAUGGGGUGCAGGGCCCAAGCACUUGGGCCAUCCUCCACUGCACUCGCUGGCCACAGCAGAGAGCUGGCCUGGAAGAGGGGCAACCAGGACAGAAUCCGGCGCCCCGACCGGGACUAGAACCCAGUGUGCCGGCGCCGCAAGGCGGAGGAGCCUAGUGAGCCGCGGCGCCGGCUUGCUAUUUUCCCUAAACAAAGAGAUUAAAAAGAAAUUUAAAUUUCCCUUAGUGAUGUUUUGAUUU